UUUUGUGUGCCAUAAGAAGAGCUAUGUAUGCAUCUCUAGAUGUGAAUAUACUCUAAGACGAGAAGUCUUUUUUUUGUUGUUGGUUUUUUUUUCUCAGUUUUAUCGGGUCAUUCCGGUAUUUGCCGUCUCUUCUGCACGACAAUCUGGAGUCUUCUUCUGUCAUCUUGGUGUGCAUUAGUUGUGGAAGUGGUGACAAAUGGAUGAGGUCUGCCAAGCAUUUUCCUCCCUGCUGGCACAUUCUACAGCUUUACAUGAGACCGCCAUGGCAACACGAAUUAGGCGCCAGAUACACACAUGUUUUCUACACACAAGCUGCCCUGCCCACUUGUCAGUCCAAACGACAGGAAGUCCCUGGCACUGGACUCGACAUUCAACCACCCUGAGACGCUCUCUCUCUUCCCAGCACUCUACCCCCCUCCUUCCCCUCCCAUCCCCUCUAAAAAAGCCAACGUUAUUUUCCUCCCAAGUCUCCUCUGCGCCACUUUUCCGCAAACAAGAGCAUCCUGCUGUCAGUUUGCGCUUGGCAUGGCUUGAGCGUUCCCGCUGUAGGCGUCCAGGAUGAAGAGGUUCGUGACCAUCGUGUUGCGUAGCCUCGUCAGCCUGUCCAAGGAGAGCCCCAUCUGGGCCAAGGAGCACCACCGACCGGCAAAGCGGGAGAUCAGGAGGAAGAGGAGGGCGCUCAGAAGAGCCAAGACCUCGGGCAGACGCAACUUAGUGAGGGCGAUGAUACUGACGGUGUACCUCAGCGAUGGGGAGCAGGCCAUGACGGAGGUGCCCAUCACCCCCGAGACCACAUGCCGUGACGUCGUCGAGUUCUGCAAGGAGCCUGGCGAGAGCGGCUGCCACCUGGCCGAGGUCUGGAGAGGCAACGAGCGAGCGAUCCCUUUCGAGCACAUGAUGUACGAACAUCUCCAGAAAUGGGGCCCCCGGAAGCAGGAAGUCAAGUUCUUCCUCCGCCACGAAGAUUCCCCGACUGAGAGCAGCGAUCAGGGGAGUCAGCAGUCUCAGGAUCAGACGAGUCGGCGGAGUGGCAACGCCGGAGAGAAGCACAAUGAGAAUGGGGUGGGGAAUCAACGCGUGGAGCUCACCCUCUCGGAGCUGCAGGAGAUGGCCACGCGGCAGCAGCAGCAGAUCGAGGCUCAGCAGCAGAUGCUUGUCGCAAAGGAGCAGCGUCUGCGCUACCUAAAGCAGCAGGAGCGGCGUCAGCAGCAGACGGCCACAGAGAGCGAGAAGCUGCAGAGGCUGAAGGAGCGCGUGGAGAGCCAGGAGGCGAAGCUCAAGAAGAUCCGCGCCAUGAGGGGCCAGGUGGACUACAGCAAGGUCAUCAAUGGCAACCUGUCAGAGAUCGAGCAAGUGAGCGGCCUGUUCCAAGAGAAGCAGGCUGAGCUGCAGGCGGCCGUGCUGAGGGUGGAGCAGCUCAGCGUGCAGCUGGAGGAUCUACGCAGGGGGAAGCUCAAUGGCAUACAGACAACACUUGGCGGACAAGUGACUGGCACUGCAGCUCUGGAGCUCAGAAAGCUCUACCAGGAGCUUCAGAUACGCAACAAAUUGAACCAGGAGCAGAACAGCAAACUGCAGCAGCAGAAGGAGCUUCUGAACAAGCGCAACAUGGAGGUGACACUCAUGGACAAGCGCAUCAGCGAGCUGCGGGAGCGCCUCUACAAGAAAAAAGCUGAGGCACGUCAAAAAGAGAACCUCCCUCUCAACAGGGCCAACGGGCCGCCCUCCCCACAGCCCGGACCCGGGACACUGGGCCGUGUGGCCGCUGUGGGUCCUUACAUUCAAGUCCCCGUGCCGACCCGACAGGAUGCGGGCUACACCUUGCCACCCGAACCGCUGAAACCGCAGACUUUGGGUGUUAAUAACCAAGCCAACCAGGGCCGCACCAAGUCAGACGGUGCGCGAAAGCCUCCGGUCCCCUGGAAGGUGUCUGAUUUAGACAUCGUCGUGGACCCGCUACCCCCGCCCCUUCCAGAGUCUCACCCGGGCACUGGAGCCUCCUCCACUGGCUCUGAUGGCACGUCCCCUAAUGAAGCUGGUUGGCCUCCUGCGGGUAAGACCGGCACAUCUCUAAAGCCUCCCGAGAGAAGAGACUCGGAUACGCAGCAGGCUAAGACCCCUCCUUCCGGCCCCCCUGCGGCUCCAAGUGCAGAAAAGGUGCUCGAUUCCAAAAAGACGGUGUCCUCCCCUUCCAUAUCCAAACCCCAGCCACCACCCUAUGGCUCCCACCUCACUUCAGCCAACUCGGCCAGCUCUCUGGAGCGCCGCAAGGAUGCGCCGCCACCGCUGCCGCCGCCUCGCCCGCUACCGAACCCCCCGGCGCUUGCCUGGCCCCGUGUGGCUCCCUCCACAGGCUCAUCCUCGCAACAGAUCCAGCAGCGGAUCUCAGUGCCGCCCAGUCCCACCUUCCAGCCUCACGCGCCACUCUUCCCGCCUGGCAUGAGUGAGCGGCUGGAUCCCCCGCCUGCUGUAGCGGUGCGUCCCUUCAUCCCGGACAGAGGAUCGCGGCCUCAGUCGCCCAGAAAGGGCCCGGCAACCAUGAACUCCAGCUCCAUCUAUCACAUGUACCUUCAGCAGGCGGCGCCAAAGAGUCAGCCACUCAAGCCUGCUCUCAAAGCAGUAUAUGGGAAGCCCGUCCUCCCACCAAGCUCAACACCCCCCUCACCUCUGCCUUUCGUUCCACCCGGAGGAGCCUUCCCGUUGCUCCAAGGUCCACCUGGCGGCGAGGAUAUGCUAGAUGGCGACGCAGAGGAUCACGAAGGCUUACGCCACAUGGAGCCAUCAGCACCGCCUCCCAGCGUGGAGAACAUCCCACGACCACUCAGCCCAACUAAGCUGACACCCAUGGUACACUCCCCAUUGCGCUACCAAAGUGACGCCGACCUCGAGGUGCUCCGGAAAAAGCUGGCCAACGCUCCGAGGCCCCUGAAGAAGCGCAGCUCCAUCACGGAACCAGAGGGGCCAAGCGGACCUAACAUCCAGAAACUGCUGUAUCAAAGAUUCAACACCCUCGCAGGGGGCAUUGAAGGAAGUGUAGGAACUGGGGGUGGUAACGGCGCAGGGAGUGGGAUGCCAUUUUACCAGCCUGCACAUCCUCCAGGCUAUUUGGGUGGCGACCCAGCUGCGGACACAGACAAUGGCAACCUUCCCUCCGACACUCUCCCCCCGCCACCGCCGCCACCAGAAGCAGAGGAGCUGGGCUCGGAGGCUCCGUCUACCGAUGCCAACGACAACCAACCGCUGCCUCCGCCGCCAGAAGGACUCGCGGACCUCGCUGAUGCCGAGGGAGCGGAGGAGGAAGACGACAACAACAACAACGUGGGAAGCUCUGAGGUUUUGCUGCCCAGCCCAGUGCCAGAGGUCAGCUCGCCAGAGGAGAGCGGCACCGUGAUGACGCAACCCUCUCGCACAAACCUGAAGAAGCCAGAGUCUGAGCGCACCGGACACGGCUUCAGGGUGAAGUUCAACCCUCUGGCACUCCUGCUGGACGCUUCGCUGGAAGGAGAGUUUGACCUGGUCCAGAGAAUCAUUUAUGAGGUGGAGAAUCCCAGCACGGCCAACGAUGAGGGCAUCACGCCACUGCAUAACGCCGUGUGCGCCGGGCAUCACCACAUUGUCAAGUUCCUGCUGGAUUUUGGCGUGAACGUCAAUGCGGCGGACAGCGACGGAUGGACUCCGCUACACUGUGCCGCCUCUUGCAACAGCGUCCAUCUCUGCAAGUUGCUAGUGGAGUCGGGCGCCGCCAUCUUUGCCAGCACCAUUAGCGAUGUGGAGACGGCCGCCGAUAAGUGUGAGGAGAUGGAAGAGGGCUACAUCCAGUGUUCACAGUUCCUAUACGGCGUUCAGGAAAAGCUGGGCGUCAUGAACAAGGGCACGGUGUACGCCCUGUGGAACUAUGAAGCUCAAAACCAGGACGAGCUGUCCUUCAGCGAGGGGGACGCCAUCACCAUCCUGCGGCGUCAGGAUGACAGCGAAACAGAGUGGUGGUGGGCGCAGUUGGAGGACACAGAGGGUUACGUGCCUCGGAACCUUCUUGGGCUCUACCCACGGAUCAAACCUCGCCAGCGCUCCCUGGCGUAGCGUCCCCAGAUGGCAUAGGGACAAAACCAAGAGCAAAGAACAAAAAAAAGCAGCCUCAAGAGCCAUCUCGUCUUCUCCUGGCGGCCAUGCUCUAUUUAUUUACACACCUACGUGAUAGAAAAGCACUCUUAAUGCGAAAAAUCUCCUAAAUCCUUCCAUCCCAUCGGCCACCUGAAUAUACAGUACACCUCUAUGACAAAAAAAAAACACAACUUUUCAGUAUUUUGUCUCCCACGUACUCACUUUCAUGUUGCUCUUUUCAUUGUAGUCAUGUUUUUUAAAUUAUUAUUUAAAACUGUCCCGCAAGAAUGAACCCAAAUGUUUGAUUUUAACUGCCAAAAAUUGAUUUUACGUUUUCUUUUUUUAAUCUAUUUUUUUUGUUUUAAUCCGCUGCAGGAAAAACAUUCUUUUGUUUAGACAGCACAUCACAACAAAGGAAGCUUGUCAUGGAUAGAUUGAUUUGACUGACUGUCCCGAGUUGCAUUUCAUCAGGAUUCUUGUGAGAUUCUGUCAAUUCAGCAUCGUUUUCUCUAAAUUCUGCUAUGAUUAAUGUUGAAAUAUAAUUUCAGUGGCCAGUUACAACAACUUGAGCGUUGAAUAGGAAUGAAAAUACGUUGAUUUUCAGUUAAAUAGGUGAAGCUUUUGUUUACUUCACAUAAUAAUUAUCCAGUUGGUUUUUAUGACUUUGCAGCCUUUAAAUCUCAGGACCAACACGGUGCUGCUGUCACUGUUCCACCAUACUGUUCCUAUUUUUAUGUUCAUGUCACUGGAGCAACAAACCAAACACAGCUGAUGUCCAUCCAGUAUAAGUUAUUUUUCAUGAGGGUGGAACAGUUAAGUCAAGACUUUGAAGGCAUUGUCUUGUUAUUUCUUUCCUUCCCGUUAUCACCAAUCCCAUGCAGGUAUAUUACUGUACAUGUAACAUUAUCUGCAGUCCAUCGGUGUGUUUUCAACCUGGAGUGAGUGAGUAUACAGUAAUACAAAGUGCAACAAAUGGCCCACUUAAACCUGUACAUAGUGUGAAGAGGAUGUUAUGUUUUGUUCACUGUAUGAACAGGUGGGCUUUCUCUAUAAUGCUGUAUUCAUGCAUACAAAAAGCUGUAAAUGUGAACAAUAAAACCUGAAGCUCUGGCAUGACUCAAAAACA